AUGUCGACUCCCCUGAAUAUUGCCCAGACGACUGAGGAGGAUGAUGUUGUCUUCCUGUGUGUGUACAAGUCUACCACCAAAAACCUGGACAACGCUGCAUGCCCAGAUGAGAAGAUAUCACAGCAGAAGGAGAGAAACUCUAGCAAGGCUGUACUCGGGACAACCUCAGAAGAGAAUCUAUCGCACAGGAAAGAGAGGGCCCCCAGCGUGGUCGUACUCGGCACUCCGCAGAAGUCGAGAUGUGCGUCUUCUGCAGGGUCGCCCGACCCGAACGGUCUCAUCGUGACGUACUCUCGACCCGCCGACACGGUCAACUUCCCCCACCCAAGGUCUGCAUGUCCGCAUCACCCGUUCAGCACAGCUGAUUCCAUCCUCAGAGGACCCUACAUGCAGAACGAGUCUUGCUGUGACAAAUGCUACUGCUAUGUAUGUGACAAGCCUGCAAAGGAGUGCGGAUGGUGGGGAGACAGUUGGAGAGCACACUGCAAUGCCUACAGAAAGAACUCGGUCUGGCAGAGAGUUAGAAACGUUUACAACGAACUGUAAUUCCUGAUUUUGAGUUCUUUUGAUUUCACGGUUUUCAAGUUUACAACAUACUGUAACAUGUACUUAUUAUUUCCGAUAACAAAUACUAGUAAAUUGCUCUCUUUUUUUAUGCACACAUGCCACCAUCGUGAACAUUCAUUUCCGUGAACAUUCAUUUUCUCAUACCGUGAAAGUUUGGUACCGAGAAGACAAAGU